GUAAAAGAGUCAAGUAACAAAAUAGUGGAUAGCACAUAAGUCAUUAUUAAUAACGAUUUUUUUAGGAAAAAAUACUUUAUCGAUGCAAAUUAAGUUGGUGUAUAUAUGUAUAUCUACGGUUAUUUAAUGAGUUAACGUUGCAAAAGCAUUUCAUUGAAAAAAUAUAUAGUCCUAACGAAGCAGUGUGUGGAAAAAUCAAUAUUUUCCCAUAACAGACAAGAGUACCAACAAUAAUAUAAAUAUCAAAAAAAUAACUGAUACAAAAAUAAAUUAAACAAUUGAUAUUAAAUGGGAUUAAUAAAAAAAACAAUAUCAUAUUAAUGCGCAUUUAAGAAUUGGGACUUGCUACAUCAUAUACAGAUGACUAUGAACGCAGCUACCAAUUUAAUGUAAUAAAACGCAUGCCAACCGAAGAAUCUUAACCAAAUAUACAGAUAAUUGUUUACACGCUAAAAACAAAGGAUAUAUCCAAUUGUACCCUUCAGCUGGAUAUUUCAACCGUAUAUUAUUUCUGUGCAUUUCAUGUUUCGUAAUCGCUUUUUAAUGGGCGUCGCGGUCGGUCCCGAAACACGUCUUCUGCGACAAACUGCCGAAAUCGCUAUAUUGCUCCUAAUUUUGACUGAGAAUGUGCCACACAUUAGUUGCAGUUCCAAAGUUACCGACUCUAAAGUCGGAAAUAGUUAUGCAAGUUGGGCUGCCACACAGGCAACAGGUGUAUUUGGCAGUCCAUUCACCGUAAAAACAGCAACAGCAGACGUCGAUACGCAUCAAUUGAAAAAACGAAUGGAUUUGGAACAAUGCUUGGGCAAAUAUGAAAUCCACAAAAACACUAUUAUUCGCACAGGUGAAUCACAAACACUUGGUGGCAAGUACUUACAAGGGCUUGAGCUCGACACCACUGAGGAAUGUCAACGUCUUUGUUGCGAAACGGAAUCCUGUGACGUUUAUGUCUUUGAAGAUAAAAGUGACGGUUAUUGUUACCUAUUCGAGUGCGGUCCACCCGAGAAUUUUCAUUGUAAAUUCACUCGCCAUACUAAUUAUACCAGUGCUGUGCUGACAGUCGCACACAAUUUGAAUGAAAAAACUACAAAAGCCCCAAGUGCAACAGAAGUGGCUGGUACCAAAAAUUUUUCGCAACAAGAGUGGGAAUUAACACGUUUAAAAGUAAAACCUGAAACGCUUGAUAAAAUGACGUCUGGAGCAGUUGGAUCCGGGAAGGUGCCUACAGAUAUUUCCACAUUAUAUAUGGUAGGAACGCCUGUCACCGCCACUUCUAGAGGAAACACGAAUAUAUUGGCAACAGCGGCACCAGAACCCAUGCUAGGAGCAGACCGAAUACCACCAAUGAGCUUAGCUUUUCCACAAAAUGUGUAUCCACCCCAUUGUGGACGUUUUCAGUUCCCCUGUCAUUCCGGUGAAUGUAUUGCUGUCUAUAAUGCCUGUGAUGGUAUACCACAAUGUGAAGAUGGUAGUGACGAAGGACCGGAAUGCUCAGGAGCUACCUCAACGGCAAAAUCGGAUGGUGACGCAGCCUCCGCGAUCAAGGUAGAAACUAAAGGUCAAAAGUUUGCUUCAGUGCCUCAAUAUCAGUCACCUCCUCUACAAGAUGUCGCAAAAUCACAAUUAAUCUCUAUGUCACAAUUACAUCAACGACAACAGAAGCAGAGGCAGCAGAUAGCUCAACAAAACCUGUCUGGGGUUGUCUCUCCGCUGAUAAAUAAUCGUGAGGAUGCUGCGGCUUGGGAAACUCGAAAAGCUGUUAGUCCCCGUCCGCAAGAGCAAGCAAUAAAUGAUGAUAUGAAAAACCGCAUCUUCAGCCACAAAGGAGGAAUACAAGUGCCGACAACAGGUGUAAAUGCCAACAAUAGUCCCAAUAGUGUGCAGAUCAACGGUUAUGCUAAUACAGAUACAAACAACCAACCAAACAUCAAUUUGAAUCCAGCUUAUAACACUGUUACUUUGCAGCGUAACGGUAUUUACGUACCCCAAAUAACAGAUUUUACAACCGGCGAUAUGUACGUACCGCAACAGCAACAACAACAGCAAAUUCCCCCACAACAACAAUAUGUCGCGCCAGUUGCUAUGAUGCCGUCAAAUGUGCAGUGGCAAAUUCAACAGUCAAAGCAAAUGGUUCUAACACCACAAACUCAUUCCAUUAUUCCACAACAACAACAAUCGCUGCCAUUACCAAUGCAGCCAAGUUACAAUAUGAACUUAGUCGAUCAGCAACAACAAGCAAUUCCGGUAGCAGCAAAGGAAGCCUCUGAACAGUCUGUAAGAUACGUAAAUACUCCCGCAGUAGUGUCGUCACUACAACACAAAACAGAAGUAAUUGAUUCUCAACAGCACUCAGUGGUACCUGUGACAUUACCGAAUGGGUCGCUAGUUGUUUCGAAAUCUGUAUCAGGAGAAUCUAAUACUAUACAAACAGCAGCAUCUAACGUAAAAGUUAAAGAGCAAAAUAAUGAAUACGCGGAGGAAGAAAUGUCAACAUAUCCACCAAAAAAGAAGCAAAAAUAUCUUAAAAUGACCAACCUUCCGAAAAGUGAAAAGGUUAAAAGUCAGCUGGAUCCAAUAGAAUUAACUCUUGAAGAACAAAGACAACCUGUUAUUGUCCCCUCCCCAGUGCACGAACAAUAUAAAUUAAUACACGACAAUCUUGGUUUCGAAUUUCUAGAUCAUGACGGACAAUCUGAGCGACCGGGUGGUGCUAUGCUCUCUUUAACUCUUGGUUUACUUGUCACAGCAGCUCUGGCCAUACUGAUUGGCUGCCGAAUGCGUACAGUCGGUCGGCGCACACGUCGUUUGGGUGGAAAGGCGCCUUAUUCACAUGAGGCAGAUUUCUUAACUCUCCAACACACUAACCUAGAGCGGCUGUGGUGAUUCUAGCAAAAACAAAAAUACCUAGGAGAGAUUUUCAUACUAACAAAUAAGUAAUUUAUUUACAUACUGACAAAGACCACAUAGCUAUAGCCUUAUUGCAAACACUAUAUAGGUAUAUAUAAUGACACCCAACGCAAAUGCAUAUGUAAGAAAGUGAAAAGUUUUCGCUACUUGCAAGUUUCGGACGUUUUGGUAGAAACAUUACAUAUACAAAUUAAUUUUUUACUAUCUUAAAUUUUUUUUUUUUGUAAAUACCGUACUCUAAAUGCUAGCUUAACACUGGCUCACUUAUAACUGACAAUGCUCUGCUAUAAAUUAUAACUAACUUAUUUAUCUCUUAAUUUUAGUUCUUAKAGUAUUAUAAUGCUGAUCAUGCAAAAAGGAUGGCUGUGGCAUUUCUUGUUGCGUGAUCAAGUUCUUCUUGUACAGUAAAAGCUCCUUAUUCGCGCUUCCUUUAUUUGCGUUUUCACUAUUCGCGGAUUAAAAAAAUGAGACCCAAUUUCUAUAAUCGCGACUAAAAAUUUUGUUAUUCUCGGAUCUGAUAAGUACAUACAUAAUAAUAAAAUUAUUCCGAUAGGUAUCCAACCCAAAAUUCUUGUCAAUUGGACUAAUAAAAAAGUAAAAUAGAUGGACCCGGAUUUUUACCCGACCAAGGACUGUCAACUCGGCAGAAUUAUGCCGUUACAACAACAACAACAGGACUUUGACAAAAGCCGCCUUCGCCGCGAUCGGUUGAAUGAAAGCAACCUUAUACCUCAAUAAAUAAAGAUAUUUUUAAAUGUUGUUGUUCCGUUUAUACUAAAAGCCGCUUUGCGUGUUUUCUUGUUUUGUCUUUCAAUUAGUUACAAAAAUUGUGAUCGAGUAACACGUCUCUACGGCACUCUUCCUAGUUCAUAAUGUCAACUAAAAAAAAUGAGAAACGAGUUUCGACACGAAAAAAACUGUGUUACCGCUUAAAGUGGAAGUAUAAAUGCUUGAUCGUUUACGCCUUGGAGAGUCAUUUGCAACCAUAUCACGCUCAUUCAAUGUCAACGAAUCAACUGUACGAUCGAUAAAAAAAAUCCGAAGAUAAAAUAAGGUCGUUUGUAACUUCAACUUCACUGUCAGCUAAAAUUGUUCGUGAUCCAGCAAUAGAAGAAAUGGAAGUGGCAUUGUCAUUAUGGAUCGAACACCGCAACCAAAAAAGGGUGUCCCUGAGUGGUCCAAUGGUCCGGGAGAAGGCAAAGCGUCUUUACAGAUGGAGGAUUUCAAGCAUCAGAAGGUUGGUUCAAUAAAUUUAAGGUUGGACAAUCAUUGCACAACAUCAAAAUCGUUGGAGAAGCAGUAUCUGCAGAGAUUGUUGCAGGCGGACGAUAUCCAGAAGAAUUUGCAAAACUAGUAGCUGAUGGAGGAUACAAACCUGAGCAACUGUUUUGGAAGAGAAUGCCAAACAAAACAUUCGUUUCUAAGAGUGAAAAGUCUGCUCCUGGAUUUAAGGCAUUAAAGGAUAGAGUUAGACUGCUGCUAUGUUCUAAUGCAUCUGGAGAUUGUGCCAUUAAGCCAAUGAUGCUUUACAGAUCGUUUAAUCCUCGGGCUUUAAAAAAUCAAAACAAAGACAACCUGCCAGAGUUUUUUCGUGCUAAUAAGAAAGCGUGGGUUACAAGCGCUAUUUUGUGUGGUUCCGGAAUUGUUUUAUUUCUAAAGUUGAAACUUAUUUAAAAAAAAAACGAAUUUAGACUUUAAAGUGCUUCUAGUUUUGGACAAUGCACAAGGUCAUCCUCGCGAACUUGAAACUGUGCAUCCAAAUAUAAAAGUGACAUUUUUACCUCCCAACACGACGGCUUUGCUUUAACUUAUGGACCAAGGAAUAAUCCAGGCCUUUAAGCUCUAUUACAUUAGACGAAAAAAAUCAGAACCUUCAAAAUCAUAUUGGGUAAUAUGGAAUGUAAUCCUGAUAUGAAUGUUAUGGAAUGCUGGAGGAAAUUUGACAUAGCAAAAUGCAUCGUAUACAUAACAGAAUCUAUGGAAGAACUGAAGCCACACACAUGGAAGUUAUGCUGGAAAAAACUGUGGCCUGCUCUGACUGCGAUUCCUCUAUGAACAUUGAUCCGUCUAUGGAACGAAGUAUAAUUUUUAAGAGACAAAUUGCUAAUGCGACUGCUGUGUAUCAGUCUGAAUUCAAGGAGCUUUUGAAAACUGCUAAGCAAGAAAAAAUUACAAAAUUCUUCAAACCAUUGCCCAAGCCUUAAGAUAAUUAAUUAAAAUGUUCAAAAACUUCAAUUAAAUCUUUUUUUUAUAUACCUAUUUGUUAUUUUUUUCACAUAGGAACAUAUCCCUAUAAUCCCAUAUAAAUUGCCAUCCCGUAUUCACGGUUUCUGUAUUCGCGGCAUAUUUAUGGAACAUAUACCCCGCGUAUAAAGAGCUUUUACUGUAAUUGUAUUCCAAUAGAUUUUAUGAUGACUUUGCAAAUUGGCUAUUGUUGAUUUUAAUAUUCUUUGUUUAAGUUAAUUCUAUUUGUUAUGAUAGGCGGUUGGCUUGAUCCUAUGGAUGAAUGUGGUGUCGACUUACAUCACAUAUGUGUCUACUAAAGAUGAAUGGGAUAGGGGUUUAUUUUAGUGGGUUUGGGUUGCAUUAACUACCCCCCUUGUUAAAAAAAAAGGACGUCCUCGUUUCGGCUUAGGAUGUUAAUUCAUUAAUUUUGUGGUAGAUUCAAGCAUAUUUGGGGCGUUCACAAAAGUAUUAACGGACAAGGGGUAUGGAUAUUGUUUACUCCAUAUGGGAGUUUCAACAACUGUGCGUAUUUCAGCUUUAACGYCCGUUCUAAAAGGUAAAUUUGUAUUUAUAUUUGAAUGAAUUUUUUCGAUUUCAUUCUUUAUUUCUGUUUUCAAAUAUUCAAAAUUUUAAUUUUUUAAAUUAUUUUAAGCGGUAUUAUCCUCCGCUGGCUUUCUAGGAUCUUUUUGUCCCAGAAUAGUACUUAAAUUAUAUAAUUGCUGGCAUAAUUCAUCAGCGGGCGCCUUAGGAGCAUUUCAGCUUCCCAAGGUAGUAUUAAAAUUUCCAUUAUUAUUUUCAAUAUAAAUUUGUUCCAUUUUGUUAUUAUAUUUUAAUAUUUCAUUCUUUAACUCUAUUAUAACUCCUGCUUUUUUCAAAAUAUUAAGCCCUAUUAGCAUAUCCGCUUCUAAAUUUUCUUAUUACGUAAAAUCUCUGUAUCGUAUUGAAGAUACUACUAUAAUCUUCGAUAGUGGUGAAUCCAUUAAUUGUUUUUACUCUUUUAAUUAUAUCUAAUUUAUCUCUAUAUAAAAAAGUGUUUGGUUUGCAAUAGCAACAAGUGGCUCCUGUGUCAAUUAGGACUUUUAGUUUUCUUCCUGUUACUCUGCAGUACCUAUAAAUGUAUGGGAGUCCUGUCUUCMGCCUAAAAAAGCUUGUUCUUGAAUAUUAUUUAUGCGUUGAAUUUUAGAUGGAGGUUGUGGUGUUCUUUUAUGUUCUUCAAAAUUCCGUUUGGUGUAUGUUUGUUCGUGUUGAGUUUGUUUGUGGAUACUGGAAUCCACGUCCUUAAAUUGUUCUGGAACUGGUUAUUUGUGAAAUUUGGAGGAGGUGUUCGAGGAUUAUGAACUUGCAAUUUUACUGGGUUCGGCUGAGCCUGACUCCUACUGAAUUGGAAAGCAAAAUUUGCUCUCAUAUUAUUUGAAUUUAAUUCUAGAGCUUUCGCUAAAGCAUUUGGUAAAUCAGACGGGGCUAACAAGAACAAAAUGUUUGAUAAGGAACCGUUAAGUCCUGAACUGAAUAUUCUCAAGGCAUUUUUCCUGUGUUGGUCAUUAAGAUGAUCUACUAGUCCCUUAUUUGAACCAUGUGACAUUAUCGUCUUAUUAAUUAUCAAAGUAAAUUUUUUAUAGGCUUCGUUAUAAUAAUCAAUAAUGGACAAGUUUCCUUGUCGAAGAAUGCUUAUCUCCUGUUCAAGGAUAUGGAUUGGUCGCUUAUCGGCAUAGGCGAAAUCCAAGCGACUUAUGGUCGCGUCGGAAUUGAGGACCGUUCCGUGAUUUGUAAGAACGUCAUUUGCAUAUUGUAUUAUUUUGUUUCUUAAUAUCGUUAGUGCGGCAAAGUAUCUUUUGCUACCACGGUUAUACAAAAACAUUGAGUUAUGGGCGGCUUUCCGCCAACUAACGUAUGCUUCAGGUCUUCCUGCAAACUCUGGUAAGGAUUUUAUUACUUC